GGCAGCAGCCACGUGACGCGUCGUUAUCGGUCCGCUCACACCUGUCACCUGGACCCACCAGCCUCACACACACUUGGACCCUAACCCUCCGGAGGACCCGCAGAUGGACAAGCUGAAGUCGGUGUUGAGCGGCGAAGAGGCGCACGCAGAAAACCGGACCAUCGCUCAGACCGUGAACGAAGCCUCGACCCUCGGCUGGGGCACGCGCGUGAAGGGCUUCGUGGCCUGCUUCGUGGUGGGGGGCGUGUGCGCGGUGCUGGGAGUGUGUCUGCUCUUCCUCCCGAAGGUCGGGAUCAUCCUCUUCAUCGUCUUCUACACGUUUGGGAACCUGUGCACUCUGUUCAGCACCAUGUUCCUGAUGGGCCCGAUGAAGCAAGUGAAGAGGAUGUGCGAUAAGACGCGAGCCCUGGCCACCACGCUGAUGAUCACGUGCCUCGUGCUGACCAUGUGCGCCGUCUUCUGGUGGAAGAACUUCGGCCUCGCGCUGCUGUUCGUCAUCCUGCAGGUGUUGUCGUUCGCCUGGUACAGCCUGUCCUACAUCCCGUUUAUAAGGGACGCGAUCAUGAAGAUGGUGUCGGUCUGCAUCAAAGGCUGAUGGGAGGGCUGCUCCUCUUCCUCCUCUUCCUCCUCCUGCUUCAGAGUCUGAGACUUCCUGUUUUAGUUUCUGCUUCAUUCAGUAAGAUGAUUGAUUGUUUGGUAUAUCGAUUUGACUUGUACCAGUUUUAAUGAGCAUGUUUUAUGUGUAAAUAUUUGUACUAAGUGAAUGCAUUCAUAUAUUUUCUAUGUAAAUAAAAACAAGGCCUCACAUCACA